AUGACAACGAUGGAUUCAGCCAAGCCAGUUGACGAGAGCUUCACAAAGGCGCUACCAAAGGUCGAGCUUCAUGCCCAUCUCAGCGGGAGCAUCAGUCGCCAAUGCCUACAUGAGAUAUGGAAGAACAAGAAAGCAAAAGAUCCAGACCUUCAAGUUGAAGACCCAUUAGUAUUGAUGCCUCCAGGCAAAGUCGACUACACUCUUCAGACCUUCUUCCAAGUAUUCUCCAAACUCAUAUACCAGCUAUGCAACGACCUAGAAAGUCUAGCCUACGCCACCAACUCCGUCCUCCAAGACUUCCACAACGACGGAGUCCGCUACCUAGAGCUCCGAACCAUCCCCCGCGCGUCCCCCAACACACAAAUAACCCGAGAAGAAUACCUAACAACAGUCCUCGACACAAUCUCCGCCUUCAAACGCAGCACCGCAAACAAAACCCCAAAUGAACAAAUGUCCGUCUUCCUAAUCCUAGCUCUCGACCGCGGAAACACCACCGCCGCCGAAGCCGAGGAAAUCAUCGAUCUCGCUAUCGCUAACAAGUCGCGCGGGGUUGUCGGCGUCGACUUAUGCGGGAACCCGACACAGGGCGACGUCACGAUCUACCGCGAUGCGUUUGCGCGGGCAAAGGCCCAUGGCUUGGGCCUUACGCUGCACUUUGCCGAGACACCGGCUUCGGGCGGACGGGAUGAGUUGGCGGCGCUGCUUUCGUUCCGGCCUGAUCGGUUGGGUCAUGUUAUUCAUGUGCCUGAUGAUGUGAAGGCUGAAAUCGUGAAGAGGGGGCUUGGGCUGGAGUUAUGCAUGUCUUGUAAUGUGCAUGCGAAGUUGAUUGACGGGGGCUUUUUGGAUCAUCAUUUUGGGUCUUGGAGACAUGAGGAUUGCCCAAUUGCUUUGUGUACAGAUGAUGUGGGUUUUUUCUGUAGCCCUGUCUCCAAUGAGUAUUUACUUGCUGCCCAGCAUUUUGAGCUCGACCGUACCCAGCUGUUGAGAAUUUGUCGCAAGUCGGUUGACAUGAUUUUUGGUGGUGAUUCGGAAAAACAGAGAUUACGCCGCACCCUUGAUGAGUUUGCAGGAUCUAUGGGACGGGCAGAUUGGUUCAUCGCACGAAACUUUGGAAUUGAAGUCAACAUUCCAAACCAACUCCCUGAUGUAUAG